AUGCCGCGCCAUAACCGCCCAACUCCGGCUGAAUUUCUAUAUCGUUCAGCAUGUUUGUCGCCUCCAUCGCCCGGCGAUGGCGGUGAAGAGGCGGCGUUUCGAGACUGUCAGUAUGAAGGUAUUUACAGUUUCAUUGCUGACGAAAGAAGCAAAGUGGUAGUAAUAGGGGGUCCUUCUGGCGAGUUGAAGCCAAUGUUCAAAACUGUCGCUCCCGAAUCCUCUCCAAACCAUCAGCAAAAAACUUCCUUGUCGGACAGACUACCAAUUCCCAUCAGAACCCCGAUUCGUCUUCACCGCAGCACAGAAGAAACUAUUUCAAAUCAGCUAACCUUUCGAAAUCCGCUAUAUCCCCUUGAUGCGGCAAUUGGGGCAUUCGUUGUUUGCAACAGUCGAUGGGAAACGUUUCGUAGGAAUUUGCACAACGUUGAGAAGAACUCCACUUAUCCACCUCCUGUGGCAUCCGCUGUCCCUGCGCGCGCCUCUCCUGCUCGUGCUGCUGGCGAUAGAACCAUUGGAUCAGAGGAGUCUUUGAAACGACUUGUGUCUUUUGAUGUAAUUACCUCUCGCCGCUGCCUGCGUGAAUUACUCCGUUUCCUCUUUCCAAACACAACUCCUUAUAACACCCCUUUCGCAAUUGACGUGGACUUGGUUGGCAAUACCCUUUUGUUUACUUCCAAGGCACCUGCCAAAACGACUUCCGCUGGCUGCGGCCGAGACUUCGAACAUAAAGCCACUACCAUCGCCACAGUGAGUACAGGGGAGGGAAAAAGAGAAGAAUUAACAACAAGCUUUGUCUUGCAUUCUUUCCACUUCUGCCAGCAAAUGCGAAUUCUGAUCACCGCCGAGGUGGACGCAGUAGAUCCUGGAUUCAAUCUGCUGCCGAAACAAGAGGCCAGCAGCAGCAGCAGUAUUGAUUGUGGUGGAGAAUAUUGCAGCUACAAAGAACAGGAUAUAGG